UAUAGAAAAGAGAAAAGCAGUAAGGCGAACGCCAUUGCCACGAACAAGAAGUGCAAACUAUCAGCUAUAAAUGAAGUCCAGAGAAGAGCCACUGGUCGUAAGAGGGAUGCCGUUUAUGUUGGAGGGAGGAGGGGACUCGGUUGCAUAGAGACAGGUAGCACUAUAGACCAGACAAAAGAGUUAAUGGAUGGCUACAUGAAAAUGCCCAUUGUAAUGAAGGAUAUGCUGCUGCAAAUUGUUGAAGAAGCACCGUCACUAUUACACGAAAUUGAUAUCACAGGCUACGUUAUCAGUGGUACGUAA